AUGAAACGCAAUUUGCUACUUUGUGUUGAUGCCUUUGGAACCUUGUUCCGUCCUCGCAGCCCUAUCGCCGAACAAUAUGGUAGUGUGGCUAGAGGCAUGGGCGUCAAGAUUUCUGAUGACGAGGUUGCAAAGAGUUUCAAGACUGCAUUCAAGGAGACUUCGAAGGUAUAUCCUAAUUAUGGAAAGAAGACGGAUAUGGGGGCGAGACAGUGGUGGACUGAGGUCAUCAACAAAACCUUCACACCCCACCACCCAGGUCCUCUNCCCCCUACCCUGACAUCGACACUAAUAAACCGCUUCUGGUGCAAAGACGGUUACACCCUCUUCCCAGACACCUCCUACCUCCGCAAACUCGCCCUAUCACCCCAACGCCAGAAGGAUGCGUCACUAAGGCUGGUCAUCGGCGUCAUCACAAACUCCGACGACAGAGUGCCUGACGUAUUAACUUCAUUGGGUUUACGGGUAAAUGGUUUACGGUAUAACUCUACCAUCAGCGACAACACAAAAGACGGCAGGGGACAAGAAACACAGGACAUAGAUUUCUGCAUCAUGUCCUACGAUGUCGGUGUCGAGAAACCGUCGCCUCAAAUCUUUUCCGCUGCGGUCGAGACAUUGGCUUCUUUACUUGCUUCCGAGGGCAACACUUACAACAAAGAGGACUGGGCGUUGAUCUAUGUAGGCGAUGAAGUUGGUAAAGAUGCCAAGGGUGCUGUAAAUGCGGGUUGGGAUGCUGUGUUGUUGGAUAGAGGCGGUGAGGUGGAUACAGCUUAUGAAGGCGAUGCUGCGGGUGUGGAAGGUUGGAUUGAGGUUGAGGGUAAGAAAGUGCCGGUUUUGGAGGGCUUUGGGGCGUUGGGGGAGUAUGGNGGGCAUGAGUUGUUGAAGGUUGAGGAGGUGUGA